AUGGAAAACACCACUGUUGCUAUUGAACGCACGGGAAUUCCAAAGGAUAUGAGCUCCACUACUGAGUUUCUAGCUGCCACCAUGACCCCCCUCGUAGGAACCACCUGGGAAUGGAGAGGUAGCGCUAGCGAUGCUGCAACUAACGUUACUGGCAACUUCAGCGUCGGGGAUAACCACACGGACUCCAUCAUGACCAACAUAACAGACUACUUCGAGUUUGUUGAAAACUCUACGACUGACAAUUUUCUGCAUGGCGACAAUGGCGGUACUUUGAGAGUCGGUCAAACAGUCUUGAUCGGUACGGUGGCCCUGUGUGCUUUGGUUAGUAACGUGCUGGUAAUCCUUGCAACUGCCAAGAGGAAAGACACAUUACCAAGAAACAUUGGCUACCUGGCCUGCUCUAUGGCUGUUGCUGACUUUAUGCUGGGGUUAUCGUUAACAUUUUCCAUCUAUCCCUCCACGCUUGGCUAUUGGCCUUACAGUGACGCCUUGUGCACCGCUCAGGCCAUCGUAAUCGACAUUAACCGACUUAUUGUUUGGAUAACCCUUGCUUACAUUAGUGUAGACAGGUACGCGGCGGUAACUAGCCCGGACGGUGUCAUGCAGAGUAGGCGUUUUUGCGGGGUCUCCGUUUGCCUGACGUGGACAGUAGCCUUGCUGUGGUUCGUUGUCGUCUACUCAGUGAAAGGGAACAUGAGAAUAGCAUACGCGAAAAGAAUGGCAGCGUGCAUAGUUAAAGAUUUUGACAGUAUUGCUGGCCUGGGGGUAGUCUUCCUAGUGGGAAGUGUCGUCACGUGGAUAUUCCUCAUAAAAACUUGGCAGGCGAUGGCCAAUCACGGGCAGCGCGCUGUGGCACCACCUGCCGCCAACCAGGCACCAGCGCAGUCUUUGGGGCUGGCGUUCCGGACUCUUUUUGCGCUGACUGCCGUACAGUACCUUCUAUGGAUACCCGAAGCGUCUCUUGCCCUUAUCUAUGGAUUGAAACUGCUGAAAGUCCCUCCUUUUACGCUUCAAUCGUUCAGAAAAGCGACGAAGAGCCUGUUUCGGGACGCCAUCAGCGUUCUUUGCAGACGUUUGACCGGGCGUGAUUUCUUCCCAACGCCAGUCGUAGAGUUCCAGCAUAUGGAGACUGUUUCCCAGAACGCGACGGUCAACCUCACAGAGGAGAAUCCGUCCCCGGCCCACCGUCCAGAAGAGAUCCCGUUCCAAGAACAGCCAGUCCGCCGCUCAGAGCAGCAAGCCCCGUUCCGAGAACAGCCGGUCCGCCGCUCAGAGCGUCAAACCCCGUCCCGAGAACAGCCAGUCCGCCGCUCAGAGCAAGCCCCGUUCCGAGAACAGCCGGUCCGCCGCUCAGAGCGUCAAACCCCGUCCCUAGAACAGCCGCUCCGCCGCUCAGAGCGAGAAACCCCGGCCUGUAAAACCAGCAACAGUGAGCGGCAUCUUCCCGCGCUGGCCGGAUCGGAAGACGUCCCAGAGAAUGACCAACCUCCCAUUCAGCUCGAGAGCAUACAACCCACGGUGCCCGCUGUUCCCGCACGUGUGUCCGUAUUUAUUGAUUACGACAGUGAUGAUGAUGAUGAUGAUAGCGCAAAUGACGGAAAAGCCGACAUGACCCAACUUCCCGGCAUGUUAUGGGAUCUAUAG